UGAGCGUCUCCUCUCAGUGUGCACGUGGCUCCCGCCUGGUUUGUUUCCCUCCGGUUAGUACAGCGUCAGCAGCGGUGGCGAUCUGGUCUCUACUCGCGUCGUCGUCCAUGAGUCGGGCUCCCCUCUUCCACGCUCAAUGCUCUCGUCUUUUAUCCAGUGAGAAAAUACUGUGUUGUAGGUGUGGUAGAGUCCUACAGGAUACCGCCUCGCACCCCCAGUAGCAGUGCCAGACAUAGCAUGAACACCCCCCGUAGUGCCGCUUGUCAACCUCCUAAGGAGUCCCCCGCGUGACCCAUUUGGUCUUUGCACUUGACACUGCUGCAGCGUCCAUGGUCACCAUGAAACCCCCCACCAGCACUAGCGUCAACAACUGCAUCCUGCUCCUGCUCUUGGUGGCCGGAAUGAUGACCGAGGAGGUUGCCGCUAACGGGCACCAACACGGCCAUAAGAGGGGUCACCACGAAGGUCAUCACCAUCAUCCUUCUGAACAACACCAUGAACGUCGUUCUUUAAGAACCAGGAGAGAACAAGUGGAGCUGAGUUCAGUAGCCGGAUCAGGAGACGGCAUGCCAGGAACCGACACGCCGCUGGAGGUGAUAAUCCAGUGCAAGGAUAAUACAGAAUGCACGGACCUUAUCAACAGCUACUGUGACACCAAAAUUCAACAAUGCGCCUGUCUUGCGGACUUUCCAAUCAAGGACAACGACCACUCCCACUGUGUCAAAGAGGCUAAGCUGAAUACAACAUGUCAGUUCAGCAGCCAAUGCGAGGAGUCGGACGAGUACAGCCUAUGUGGCCCUGCCUCCAUCUGCGUGUGUCAGGAGGGCUAUCGCAUGGAAGAGUAUCCCAACAUUGGUUACAACUGUGUCUCAAAGUCAGGGAGCUCGGGACCUGGGGCCUUGGACCCGGCGAUGAUUGGCGUACUGGCUGGCUUGGCGCUCAUGUUCAUUAUCAUCUGCGUAGUCCUGCGACUCUUCUCCAAAAUUUCUUCAGGGAAUAUGAAGAUCGUGAAUCCUCUGAGAUCUCUUGCAGCACAUUCAGAUCUCAUUCUUCUGCCUAUUUCCCGUGUUCUGAUUGGCUAAUGGAAUUUUGUCUCUGAUAUUUUCUCUGCAUUAAUUAUAGCCCCAUCCGUGCAGUGAAUUUUUGUUCUUAAGUGAUUGAACUUUAAAACGAAAAGCUAAAAUUUAUUAUCUAAAAGACAAUCAUUUUGAUGCAAUCAGAUGCAAUCACAUACAGUGGAUGGAGAUCGAAGUGGAUAUGUGAUCUCUAGUCACAGCAGUUUCCUUGAUUACACAAUUUUUGUAUAAACAUUUGUAAUGUGAUCAGCAAUUUCCCUUAAAAAUGUAGUGCUUGCUUGGUAUUUGCUUACUGUCUUUUUAUAUAAAGCCAGUUUUUUUUUAUUUUCUCUAAAUAUAUUUGAUUCGUUCUAAAAGUGACAUAAUAUAGGUCCUUGUAAAUGCUGAUAAUUUCAUUAGCAGAUAACCGUUUUAGAUAAAGAUACAUUAAAAUUUAAAGAAUGGUGUAUAUAUUUGGAAUCUGUGCCUCCUUGUGCCCAUUAAAGGCGACUUUAUAUAUUAUAUGUCAGAAUUCAAUGCAGUAUUUACAAGGCUUCGCUCCAUUUCAUAAAGCACGUUUUGAGCGAUACGUUCCUCAAAGGCUCAAUCGGAUGUUGUCUCGACGUAUGUUUAGAGGCAGGUUUUGUUUCUCCUUUAUUCAAUAUCAUGUUAAAUAGAUUCCAAAUGUAAACUGUGAAGGUAUUUGUCGUACCUCGAAACUCAUAGUACCACCUCCUGGUUUAUUUUUAUAUAUAAACUUUGUUCGUAACUUAAUAGAUCAGUAUUAAGUGCCACUUAAAUUUUAGAAAAUAUGUGUUUCAAAUGAUAAUGGCAACUGUCUAAUACAUGACAAUUGUGUUAAAUAAUUUUAUCCUUUUAAAAUUUUGUUGAGCACUGAUUUAUCUUCCAGGACUUCUCCUGCGUGACAAUCUCACUAACUGCAUCACAUUUUGCUAAUAUCUUAAAGCUGAAAGACAGCACAAUCACCAUUUUUUGUACCUGGUGCAUCAAUGUGGCCACUGUAUGUUAAUCUCGAUACUUUAAUCUAUAAAUGUUCGUUGUGUUCGCUGUCCUUUAAUUCUAAACUUAUAUAUUUUCAGUGUUUUAAGUGUGUUGCAUAGUGGUGCUGCAAUUAUAUUUGUAUUUCAUAUGACUUUUGCUUCAAUUGCACUUUUUCAAUUACUAUUUGCGGAACAACAUGCUUUUUUAUUGACCACAGUUGUCAUUUUCUGUUUUUCAAAGUUGUGGAUUUCCUUUAUUCUUCCGAUGUAUUUACACUGUUCAGUUAUAUUUAUUGUAUACAUAAUGUCCAUUGGUAUUCAGUGUGUACAUACUGUCCAGUGGUAUUUAAUGUGUACACACUGUCCAGUUGUAUUUAGUGUGUACAUAUUGUCCAGUGGUAUUCAGUGUGUACUGUCCAGUGGUAUUCAUUGUAUACAUCCUGCCCUGUGGUAUUCAGAGUGCACAUACUGCCUUGUUGUAUUCAUUAUAUACAUACUUCCUUGUGGUGUAUAGUGUGUACACACUGCCGUGUGGUGUUCAAGUUACUUUUUUUUAACUCUUUUCGCUACAUCUUUAUGUUUCUUGUGCAGUAUCAAAUAUUUUGUAUUAGAAAACUUAAUUCUUCCUAUCCAAUCCUAUGUGUGUAAUUUGUUAUGUUAAUUCUUUCAUAACCAUGUUUUUGCCUGUUUGCUAUCGUCUUCGUAACGUGCCAUCUUACUUGUUCACUUUUCCUCCACUUCCCUCUUCUUCUCCCUCACGCACUCCACCUCCUUCCAGAGCUCGCUUCCGGGAGAAACGUUCCAUCUUCAAUUCCCGAAGGAUAAAAGUAUCCAAUGCCAAUGCCGAAAGUAAGUUUAGGAAACUAUAUGAGAGAGAGAAAGAGUUGUCUCGAGUGUUUGUGUAGAUCACUAAGGCAGAUCAGUCAUGCAUUUGGGGAAGUAGGUUAUAGUGCAAUUUUGGUGAAGGAAGUUGACUCUUUAAAUACUGUUACGAUUCAAUGUUUUUUUAAAUCCGUUCUUCAUAGAUAAUCCCGCAGCUAUAUAUAUUUUUUAAUUGAAGCUUGCUGACUUAAAGCUUCUCUCAUCUUUCACAUUUUUUUUCAGUUCUUAGAAAUAUAGGUAGAACUCAGGCUUGCACUCAGGCUAUCGACACAUGGCUUUAAAAUUAAUUUAAUGUGUAUUAGAUUGCCAUAUAACUUAGUUUAAUAGAUGCCCUGACUAGAACAACAUUGUUCAUUGUCAGUCAUGCUUACCGUAGUAUUUAGAAUUGACCACAAUCGUACAUAAGUAAUAUCAUAUUUCAUUGCUUAUUUGUGCGAGAGCAAAAUCAAAUCUUUCUUUCCCUUUCUCCAGGUAUAUAUGUAUGUAAUUGUUUUGUUUGACAUAGAAGAUCAGAUCCAUUAUGAAUUUACACAUUUGAUUUAGGAACGUUUCGACACUUACUAUUUGCAAUGAUUAAGCAUAACAUAAAACAAUGACUUUUAUUGUUAUAUAUUUUUCUUAACCAUAGUAAUAGAAGAAAUUUAGCUGCAUUUCAGCAUUUCCAAGUUUCACACUUAUCAUAUACUUUUUAUUUUCCACAUCUCUGCACAGUACCUAAAUGUACACGAACGCUAAACAUUUAAAACAAUAUUAAACCUUUAAGUGUUUAAAUUUUUGUUAAACAGCCUUUAUACACAAAUAUAAUUUUCUUAAAAUAUUUUUUCACCUUUAUUUUUGUUAUAUGGACAUGAACUCAUAUGUUCCUCUAUUUCCGUCUUGGCGGUCGAGGUCCGAAUGAUUGUCCCUAACUCUUAAAAGUUUCAAUAAAUUACGUUUUAUAUAGUUUUUUAAAGUUUAACUAAGCUUUUAUUAGCUGCUUUUUGCUUGUAAAUGUUUCAUUAUAUCUCUGAAUUGUUUCACAGCUAAAACACUUUGUAUUAAAA